UGUCUACUGACUCCUUGGAACUUUCACUCCUUCUGAAAAUCUAUUUCGAUGCAGCUGAUUCAUCUUUUGUGCCAUUAAUAUCUGAUGUUCCCAUGCCUGCUGGAGGAACACCGAUUCACUGCCCAAUUUGAGGAGCUACACUCUCAUGGCGUUGAAAGUUUCCCAUCGACCGCAGUAUAUAACUUCUCUUUCAAAAAAUGUUCUUCAAUGGUAUAGCUAGCUCUGCCAUCAUGAUUGUAAACUUGAUACUCGGAGUUCUGCUCGCCGCUAGCCCAGCACGCUCUUCUCUUGACGUCCAACUCCCUUCUGGAAUUUUCACUGGACGAAACAUAAAUGGCUUGGAUCGCUGGCUGGGGAUACCAUUCGCCCUUCCGCCGGUGGGCGAUCUAAGGUUCAAAGCUCCGGUUCCUGUCCCUAUGAAUUUGUCCCGGGUCCAGCGCGGUGCUACGACUUUUGGGAAUGCUUGUCCCCAACCUCCCGGUAGUAAUCUUGGCGCCAAUAUCAGCGAGGAUUGUCUAUAUCUCAAUAUCUGGAGGCCAAAGGGGGCAGUGGACACUGGUAAGGAGGGUCUGCCGGUUUUGUUUUGGAUCCAUGGCGGAGCAUAUACCAGUGGCGCAGCGUCAAUGUCUCGUUAUGACCCUACCCGUAUUCUGAACCGAAGUAUCGAGAUCGGAAAACCUAUUUUGUUCGUCUCUACGAAUUACCGGCUCAAUACUUUUGGCUUUCUCUCUAGCGUCAACGUCCCUCCGGGAGACCUCAACGCGGGUCUGUUGGAUCAACAGCAAGCUUUGAUAUUCGUUCAUGAGAAUAUACGUGCUUUUGGCGGCGAUCCGUCCAAGGAAAGGUUGAUUCUUCUUCCUCCGCAGUCCGCUGGUGCCGGGAGUGUCGAAGCCCAUUUUGUAUUUCCCGCCUCCGAGUCUUUUCCCCUCUUCCGGGCUGGAAUCGCAGACUCAUCGACAGGACCGUUCAAAAACUCCCCAGAUGCGAGCUCAUACGAUAAGCCAGGAAGACCAUUCGAUGUGUUGCUCACACAGACGGGCUGUGCUGCCGGUCUAGGAUCCGUGGAAUGUCUGCGGAAAGUACCUUCCGAGACCUUGAUGAAUAUCAGUAAUACGAUGAUUGCGAACGCGUUCAAUGGACAGCUAUGGGAACCCUCAGUCGGCCCACCAGGCAGCCUUAUCCCAGAGCGAGCAUCAGCUAAAAUUAAACGGGGCAACUUUUUACACUUCCCUUAUAUUGGUGGUACAAAUGUGAACGAAGGAUCAGCUUUCAGCAUGAGCUUACUCGGUCUAGGCCUUUCCGCCAACGACCAAGAUGCAGCUUUUGACAACUUUGUGAACGAGGUCGUGAACCUCAACCGUACUCUCGCCCCAGAUCUCUUCACGGAGCUCCACCAACUAUGGCCGGCGAAUGAUUCGUCCCUCGGAGCGCCAUUCAACACUGGGGAUUCCCUUUUCGACAGAGGAGAGGCGUGGUUUACAGACGAGUUAUUCUUAGCUCCGAGGAGGCUAUUCUUUGAACACGCGAGUGCGUUGCAGCUGAUGUAUGCUUAUUACUUCAGAGAGUUCAUACCAGGGAACAACCCGGAACUUGGCGUAUCCCAUGGCUCAGAGCUGUCCUUGCUUUUCGGGCCCGUACCCGCGGACGUGGAGGAUGAGUUCGCCAAUCAGAUGGUGGACUUUUAUGUCAAUUUUAUUUGGGAUCUGAAUCCCGGAAGUGCCUGGGAACGGUAUACACCGACGUCAAAACAUGUCUUGCAGCUCCUGCGAGACAACAUUACCAUGAUUCCUGAUGACUGGGAUGUGGACAAGACGGACUUUUUGAAUUCGCGGUUUGUUUUGAGUGAGUUUGAGAAAUGAGGUUCUGAUUGCUCGGGAUUAUCCCAUCCCCUGACGGCGGACAGCCCUUAAUGACGCGUAAAUGCAAUCAAACUCGAAAAGCCUCGCCCUGCCCCAUAUUACGUACAAUCCUGGUGCAGCAGAAGGGACUGGCUUCAGUCCAACUUCAGCCUACCCCAAUCGAGACUUGCUUGACAUCCAAUACGCGAAUAGGGUGACCAGUCGUCCUUGCGCAAGAUUGUCACGAAUCUGGAAGGGUCAUUAAGGGGUUUUGCAGACUCGAUGCCUUGACAUUGAGCAGCAGCUAUGUGACAAUACGGGAUAACGUAGCAAAUUGGUACAUGGCACAACCGUCAAUAGCCAAUUCAUAUACAAUCAGCGCGCCAUGCUCGAAGGUACGCUUCACGGCGACGGAUACAGAGCGUUACACUUAUCACAUUAACGAAACCUGUCGGGAAAGAAGGCAAAGAAGCAGAAAAGAAUCGGGGCGUCGA